CGAAAGUGUCUCUGGCGGAGAAUCGGUCGCUCUUGUGUCACCGCAAUAGCGCCCAGAGUUUCAGGAGGUGGCGGCUGUUUUCAGUGGCAAGGGCGAAAAAGAGAGGGAGAGAAAACGGAGAAGGAACACUGCUUCAGCAGGAAUAUUCAUGGAUCUGGAGUGGACUGUUACAGCAAAGAAAAUGCGAAGACAGCCGACGCAAUAACAUAGCUUUGCCUGCCCACAGUGUACAUGCGAAUUGGGUUGGCGCUAUGCAAGUAUCACCAGGCAAUACCCUGUUGAAGGUGUCAAAAAAACAUUUGACAUUUACAGGAGAUUGGGAGGGCAGACCGUAUCUGGCGUAACAGUGUAGCCAGGUAUAAAGAAACAACCUGAAAAUAUCAUACUUUAUCACAUCACAGGUCAAGACACCGCUUCACCACCACCUUCUAAAGGCUUGCCCGUGUCUAGCUUAAAAUGAGAUGUCGUGUGUUCAUUGGUCACUUGAGCCCGUAUGCCCGAGAAAAGGACGUUGAGAGGUUUUUCAAGGGAUAUGGACGCAUUCGAGAAAUCAGCUUAAAAAAUGGCUUUGGUUUUGUGGAAUUUGAAGAUUACAGAGAUGCCGAUGAUGCAGUCUAUGAGUUGAAUGGAAAAGAACUUUGCAAUGAAAGGGUUACAAUUGAAUAUGCUCGAUCACGAUCGAGAGGAGGUUGGCACAGAAGCAGCAGAUUCCCACCACGCUUCAGUUAUCGCAGAUCAUUUGGUGGAGGAGAGGAAAGAGGUGGCCGUCCAGUGCAUACCGAAUACAGGAUUAUUGUGGAAAACCUGUCCUCGAGGGUUAGUUGGCAGGAUUUGAAAGAUGUAAUGAGGCAGGCUGGAGAGGUUACAUUUGUAGAUGCACACAGAAACAAAAAUGAAGGGAUUGUUGAGUUCGCCACAUCUAGUGACAUGAGAAAUGCUCUGAACAAGCUGGAAGGUAAAGAGAUAAAUGGUCGAAAAAUAAGAUUAAUUGAAGAUCGGAAACGCAGAACCAGAAGCAGAUCGCACACUAGGAGUUCCUCAAGAUCUCGCAGUAGGUCACCGUCACCUAAACGGUCAAAGUCAGAAAGUAGGUCCAGAAGCAGGACUCGGGGUAAAUCCCAUUCUGCCAGCAGAUCGCCUGCCAGGAAAGAUCAGCCAACAAUGAAUAACCAGGCUCAUUCAAGAUCAAAAUCUCCUGGAUUGACAAACCAAUCAAGGUCCAGGUCACGUUCUGUUGAAAGUGCUGAUUAGAUUGUAAAAAAACUGUUGUCUUCAGAAAAUGAUAUUGGCUAUCUUUUGCUUGAGGUUGUUUGUGGAUGCUUCUUUGUUCAUCUAAGUUUUUGUUGAACUGUAAAAGAUAAUUAUUUCUUUGAUACAUAAAAGUCACUAAUGGAAAAUAAUUUACUUAGAACUGGUUUUAGAGUUCUAUGCUGCUUUGGUAUUGAAUAUAUAAUGAAUAGAUUGAGUAAAUUGAUAUCAGAUUGUUGUUUCUGAAAAGCUGUAGGCACAACUUAGACUCUCUAGUUCAUAAUUGUUUUCUGUUAAUUUUAAGUGAUACAUUAUACUUUGGAUUGAAAUCAAAUAAAUGUUAUUACAACAUUUGAUUUUCUUAGACUAUUUCAUUGGUUUCUCUUCAAUGCAAAGCUUUUAGUUAACUGCUUGUUUUGCUGCAUGAGUCCAACAGUAUGGUGACUUUUGAGUUUAUUUUAAAAGAAUUUUAUUAGAAUUUGAUUUGAUUGUGUUUUCAUCUUUCUGUUUGUCAGCCUCAACGCAGUAUUACAGAUGGUGUCUCAAAACCAGUAAUCUUUGGUCCUUUGAAGUUUGGGGUGUCUGGUUGGGUCUCACGGAUUCAGGUGAUGUCAAGGAUUGCUCAGAAUGUUGGAGUAGAUUGACAUGCAAGUGGCAAAAUAGUUAACUCAUCCAGCACCAUGCAGUGCCUAGCUCAGUUGUCCAUAAAAGGUGUUUUAAUGUUUUACUCAACAAAGUUGUUUUGUCGCCCCUUCCUAAAAUACCUGGUUUUCAAAGAAUUCCAGUCUUUUGACACUUGGAUUUGAAACAUUGUACCCUGUAGCAACUUAAGCCUAGAGUGUGGAUUCAGUCUCCAUUCCACAGACUAGAACGUACAAUACAAACUGUCACUUCAGUGCUGCAUUGAGGAAGCAUUGCACUAACUGAUGUACUCUUAUGAGAUUAGACAUCAAAUCCAUCCUUACAGAUAGAGUAAAAAAAACCAAAGUGCCAUUCAAAGAAGACUGGGAUGUCCAGACUUAAUCCCUCAGUCAUCAUCUUAAAGAACAGGUCUAGUCAUUUAUUUCAUUACUGAUUUGUGGGACCUUGCUGUGUGCAUACAGCUGGUGUAUUUCCUUCAGUACAACAGUAACUCCACUUGAAAGUAAUUAAUUAACAGUAAAACUCUGGAAAUAGCUUUUAUGCAAUCUGAUUCUUAUUUUCAAAUAAGUUACUGGCAUGAGUAUUUUUCAUACUUUCUCAAUAUUUUCCAGUGAGAGCUGUAAUUCUCUUGGAGAAGGAAAAAGAGCUAUGCUAAUGAUGAUGUCCGCUUACUGUAUGAGAUUAAUUGAGCAGUAAUUUUCUGCAAACAUAAUGUUGCUGAAGACUAUAAUGUUUUUGUAGACUAAUUAUUCACUGGCAGAAACUUAUACCUAGAUUCGAUCUAGCUGUACUUGGUCUGUAUGUUUUUUGCAUUUUCUUACUUGGGAAAUAAAGUAACAUUUUCUUGAAGCAAUUUAUAAAUAAAAUUGAAAUUCACUUAA